GCUUGAGCAGUGAACAUCUGUUUGAGGUUAGUUUGUGCUUCUUCCCGUGCGUAUAGUUUCGUCAACACAAGACAUCGAAGAAAUUAACAGUGGUCGUUAACAAUCUCUACUGGAACACCAUUGAUUUCACAAUUAAUAUUUUAUUGAAAGUUUUCUGCGAACUUACCACCGGUAUAUAGAGCUAAAUAUUUCUAAUUAUCAUACUCAUCAGUGAACAAAAAUUGAACUCAGUGCAAUAAUAUUAUACCUAGUAUAACUUUUAUAAAAUGUUCAACAUACAGUGUGAUAGUAUACCAUUUUUGAGCCAAGUGCACAGGAUCUUGAAAAAUUUGGAACGUUGAAAAUACAAACGUACCUACGGAACGUACAUAACCUCAAUCAUCGACAUCAACUAACUACAAAGGUAUGACUUCAAACGGACAUACUCAAUCGAAAACAUAGAAUUCAUUAUCGUACUGGGUCAUUUCUAUUAAAGCUGCUACUUUCCGACCCAUUGUUGUAAUCUGAGAAGAUUUCAUCGAUGAAAAGUGAUUACAUUUGAAAUAGUUUCAAGUGGGAGGCCUGAUUAUCUGAUUAGAGAUUCGAUUUGGUCAACCAUUAUCUGUUUAUUGAUCAGUAGUACAAUUGGACAAUGAUAAGAACCUCCGUAUAAAGUUGUAGAAAGACGAUUAAUAACUGGAUCAUGUUUUAAAUGAUUGAGUGUUCGAUUGAAAGUGGUCAAGAGCCUUCGGGUGUUCCGUUUCUCCAAACAAUUCAUCGGUCGUUUAGUCGAAGGUGGUUGUUGAACUUUAUUCUCCAAUUUGUUGCUGAAUUUUUGAAAAAUUCAUACACCGAUUAUUGUGAGAUUAUUGUAAGUUUUAUUUGAAACGAUUACCGUAUAUAACUAUAAGAUACGGACAAGUGAACAAUCCAAAUUGUGAAUCCCCUUUGGAAGGUUAAUUCACCUCCAAUUUAGAACAGUUACCGUUUUCGAAAUAGAGCUGUACAUUAGAAAUAGUUUUCACGGUUCCAAAACUCAGAAUUCAAUCACACGUGCUAGAAAACACUCACAAUAAUUGAGUUUCAAAAUUUUCGUAUCUUAUAAGAAACAUCGAAGUAUCAGUGAUCUAGAAUCCCCUGAGUUUCCCAUUUACCUUCUCAACUGACUGCUAACAGUGAAAAUCUUCAUUUUCCUCGUGCAAUCGAUCAUAACCUCUCGUCCUGUCUAUGAACACUCAAUCAAAUCGCCUACUGUCUCAUUUUCUACAAGUUUUCUAUUUCCCCCUUCUUCAUCUCAACUUACUACAGUGGAAGUAUUAAUUUUCUUUGUGAUAUCUUUCUCAACUUCUGGGCCUCAGAGACAAGUUUUCCAUUUCCCAUAGACUUCUCAGAAGACCACAGUGAAAGUCUCCAAUUUCCUCGUGAUAUCGUUCCCAACUUCUGGACCUCUCUGAACACUCACUGUCUCAAAUGAAACCUAUUUUUUUCGUUUGAGAACAUUUCAACAGUGAAUAAUAUUGAAGAAUAACCGCAGUUGUACAACUGAGACACUUCACGGUUGUUUCUUGUUCAAGAACAGUGAAAAUCUCCAUUUCCUCGUGGCACUGUUCCCAACUUCUGGACCUCUCUGAACACUACUGUCUCAAAUAAAACCUAUUUUUUUCGUUCGACAACAUUACAACAGUGAAUAAUAUUGAAGAAUAACGGUAGUCACAACUGAGACAUUUCAUGGUUGUUUUUUGUUCAAGAACAGUGGAAGUGAAGAAUAACCGCAGUUUCAAUACUGAGGCAUUUCAUACAUAGUGUCCAAUGGUUGUUCACAUCAGAUCUACGUAAGGAAUAACCACAGUUACAACUGAUAGGCCUACAUAGUGUCUAUGGUUGUUCACAUUGGCGUAGUGUAGAAUAUAUGUUUCGUUGAGUUUACGUUUUGGUCAACCAAUGACGGGGCAACGGAGAUGACUGCUGACCAAUGUCGAACAUGAGUGGAGGCGGAGGAGGUGCAUCUGCAUCGCAGGAUGCAAGUACAAGCGCAGCAUCGCUUGCAGCCGCGCGACGUGCACUCACUUUCUCGCCGCAACAGGUGGCCUGCAUCUGCGAGGCCCUCCAACAGUCCAAGGACAUCGAGCGACUCGCGCGCUUCCUCUGGUUUCUGCCCAACAGCGAGCUUCUCCGAGGCCAGGAGUCCGUGUUACGAGCCCAAGCGACAGUCGCCUUCCAUCGCGGCGCCUACAAGGAGCUGUACGCGCUACUCGAGUCGCACACGUUCGACGCGCGACACCACGCCGCGCUGCAGAAGAUGUGGUACGAGGCGCGCUACAAAGAGGCCGAGAUUAUUAGGUGUCGGCCGUUGGGUGCUGUUGAUAAGUACCGGCUACGCAAGAAGUAUCCGUUGCCGAAAACGAUUUGGGACGGAGAGGAGACUAUCUACUGCUUCAAGGAGAGGUCGCGGAACGCGUUGCGGGAGUGUUACGAUCGCAACAAGUACCCCACCCCUGAGGAGAAGCGGGCGUUGGCUGAGAGGACAGAUCUCACCCUCGUGCAGGUCAGCAACUGGUUCAAGAAUAGACGCCAGCGAGAUAGGACGCCGCAGCAUCGCGGAGAACUAAUGAUGCUGACCAGUGAAGCGACCUGCCUCCUGGGAGCGUCUCCGAACGACCUGCCCGACCUACACAUAAAGCCCCUCUGCUAUCCAAAGCCAGAAACGGCCACCAAGUCUCACCACCAAUCUAGUCUCGGCUUCGCAGCCGCCUAUCACAGUUACCAUGGUUACGAGCAGCUGUUGGCCGCUGCGCCUCAUUCCUGAGUUUACCCCAACCUAACCUAACCUCAAAAAGACUGCAACUAUUUGAAGAGCAGAGUGUUAAGUUGUUAUAAUAAGUGUCAAGUCUAAAAGAUACUAUUCAUAUACUUUGAAAGACUUCCCUAUAAUGUUUAGAAGAUACUAUUUGAGUACCAGUUAACUUGAGAGAGAACUGGCAAGUACUUGUGGUAGGUCUAUUGCCUAACCUAACCUCAAAAAGACUUCCCACCUAUUUGAAGAGCAGAGUGUUGAGUUGUUAUAAUAAGUGUCAAUCUGAAAAAAAGACUAUUCAUUGUACUUUGAAAGACUUCCCUAUAGUUUUAGAAGAGACUAUUCGAGUAAACAGUUUACUUGAGAGAGAACUGGCAAGUACUUGUGGUAGGUCUAUUUCCUAACCUAACCUCAAAAGGAUUACCUACCUAUUUGAAAAGUGACUGCAAGUGUGAUGUUGUUAUCUUAAAAAUACCAAUUUGGAAGAGUCCCUAUACGGUAUAAUUUUAGAAGAGACUUCUAAUUUGAGAGAGAACUGGCAAGUACUUGUAGUAGGCCUAUAGAUGCGUACAGAUAUACACACCGCGAACAUGAGCAAUUCACUUUUAAUCAGCUGAUUACAUCUGUAUUUUUACAGAAAUGGUAAGAUACAGUUAUAAAACGCUUGGCAUCAGCUGAUAAAAGUGAAUUGCUUAUGUUCGCAGCGUGUAAAUCUGUAUGCAGCUUAAUGCCUAACCCAACCUCAAAAAGGAUUACCUAGGUACUUAUUUGAAAAGUGACUGCAAGUGUCAAGCUGUUAUCUGAAAAAGACUACUUUGAAAGAUUCUCUAUACAGUAAUUUUAGAAGGGACUAUUUGAGUAACAGUUCAGUGGCAAGUAUUUGUAGUAGGCCUAUUGCCUAACCUAACCUCAAAAAGUCCAAACUUACUUACCUAUUUCAAGAGCAACUGAGUCUUUGCAGUUGUUAUCUGAAAAAGACUAUUUUAGGUACUAUAUAAGCUUUAUAAAAGACUACCAUAUAAUUUUAAAAUAGGCUAUUUGGAGUAAGGUACCAGUUGACUUGAAAAAGAACUGACAAAUACUUGUAAAAGGUUAGGUUAGGUCUAUUACCCAACAUAACCUGGAAAAUACUACUCUAACAAUAAUUACAAAACUUUGAGUUUUGAGUUGUUAUAUGAAAAAGGCUAUUUGUAGAAUAUAUGCCUAAGAGACUACCAUAUAGUUUUAGAGUAAAUUAUUUGAGUAACAGUUGACUUGAAAGAGAUAAGGUACUUUUGUGAGUAGAUCUACUACCUAACCCAACCUUGGAAAUACUAUUCUAACAAUAACAAAGCUUUAAGUUGUUAUAUGAGAAAGGCUAUUUGUGAAAUAUAUGCCUAAGAGACUACCAUAUAGUUUACGAAUAAAUUAUUUGUGUAACAGUUGACUUGAAAGAGAUAAGGUACUUUUGUGAGUAGAUCUACUACCUAACCUAACCUUAAAAAUACUAUCCCAAAAACAACCAAGUGUGAAGUUGUUAUCUGAAAAUUACUUACUAUAAGAGAUUAACAACAUUGUUAUAAAAAUGAUUAAUCGAGUAACAAUUGCUACUCAAAGCCUAAGUAAGGUAGGUUUCUACCCUACCUAACCUGUAAAGUACACCUGUAAAGUUAAAAUAAUGUUUGUACAGUAUUAAAAUAGCUCUGAUCUUAUUGGAGCGGCGAACGUAGGGUAGAAGGUGCAAAAAAGCGGAUACAUAGAUCCGGUAUUCAUAAACUCACAGCUACAUCCUCUGAUACACUCUACCUUCGCCGCUCCACUAGAUUUUGACCCUUAGAAAAAACCAAGUUUGAGUAAUAAUAAUGAACUCUUAUUUUGAAAAAGAAGAACAGAAAUGUUUCUAGUGUCCACUAAGCCAUAGGCUACUAGUGAGUUAAUUUUUUGAGUUGAAGUACCUUAAUUUUUUUGCUUCAAUAUCUGAAAAAUAUGAGCCAACGAGAUUUUUUUUAGAAAAAUGUCCAUUUGCCCAUAGUAGGAGACUUCUUAUUUUCUGGAAUACUCUCUACAGAGUAUAGGCCUAUACUUUGUUCAAAUUAACUUCAGACUUGGGAUGGACAUGCGCAGCAGAGAAGGCAUACAGAGGUAGGGAUACAACGGCUGCUAUGUUGCCAUUGUUUACCGGCUGGCGUUCUCUAAUUUCCAGUGGAUAUUCAAGCGCUCAUGUUGAACUUAGGAAGUUUCCUCUCUGCAAUCACAGACUCGACUGACUCUAUUCGACAAAUUUGCAACUGUUCUUCUACAUAUGACUAUUCAUUACUGCAAUUAGCUGAUCUCCCUUCAUUUCUCUGCGCCGCAUAUUCCUCCAAGUCUGAAGAAGAUUUGCACGUAGUAUAGAUACAUGUUACACGUCAACUCCGAGGGAUCUAGUCUUUGUCUUAUUCAAACCAAUAUCCUGAUUUAUGAGGAGUUUUACUAAUUUCUAUGGACAAAUUUCUAUGAUAAUAAUACUAUCAAAUAAUAAACCCUAAAAUGGUUGCUGAGAAUAUAGAGUAAAGACACUGUCUUUUUUCUUUAGGGCUACUCUUAAAUAUAAAUAAAAAAUAGAAAUCCAAGUACCCUUUUUAAAAUUAUUUAGUCACUACAUGUUUCGGCUAAUGAUGCCUUUAUCAAGUCAUAUAGCCUAGCCGAAACAUGUUACUAAUUUAAAAUAAUUCGAAUUAUUUGAACAAACAAGAAACAAAUAAUUUUAAAAAGGGGACUUAGAUUUCUAUUUUCAUCUAUAGUAAAGAUACUGUUUAAUUGUCUUGUAUCAGUUGUCUCUGCUGAAAUUUUGUUACAUAGUUAAAAUUAGUGGAUUAUCAUGGAAAUUUAUGUAACUUAUUGUCUAAAAUAUAUUAGUAUUAAGUCAUACGAUCAAUGCAAAUAAUUUUGUAAUUUGUGAGAUACUUUUAAGUCAUUUGUACAGUGUAAAUACUACCUAACUGUUAUAAAUUGUAUGUGUAAAUCAGUAGGUACCUAAGUAAAAUAAUAUUAAGAAAUCGUGAGUGUAUAGAAUUGUCUGUAAUUUCAUCUGAGGAGAAAAUCGAUUAUUAACAAUUUGCAGUUGUUUUAUGAAAUAUCAAUUUGCAAUUUAGUCAUUGUUUUAAAGAAAUUGAUUGUAAAUUUCAGAAUGAAAUCUUUGUAUUACCGUAAUUGAAGUAGAUGUUUGCAAAGUAUAUUAAUGAGAUCUUGAUUGUGUAUUACAGUAAAAAUUCCCUUUGAAGUAGUUUCUUUCAAGUUGUUUAAAAGUCAACUUAUAGGAAAAAACCAGGAAUUAUUCAUAUCCAACAGGUGUAUUAUUGUCUUGUAAGUAAGUUGUGCUAUUAGGGGAGCAGACCAAAAAAUAAUGUAAUGUAAUGUUAACAUAUGUACCUUUUACUAGAGAUCUAUCCAACCGAUCAACCUGAUAUUUUGAACACUGAAUAAAAUGACCUUUUUACAUACUUUAGCACAAUGGUCGCCAAACUGAUGAGCCCGUGAGCUAGAAUAGCAUUCAUAAAUCUUCUAGUGAGCUACCAACGAAUAUUAGACUGUAGAAAGUACAGUCCGCGAAAUGAAAUGUCUCACACUUUUAUUGUAUAGAGAUACAUUUCUAGUGUUGAAAUCUACUUAGCUCAUAGCAAAAAGUAUAACAAAAGUUGAAAUGUACAUUUCAAUGAGAGCAGUGGAACUCUUUUUGGUCAUCCAGUAUUUUUUUGAUGUUUGGAGUGUACGUUGUAGCCUCCAUUCUGAUGCAGAUGUCCAAAUGCUCAUCAGUUAGUCUGUUCCUAUAUUGAUUUUUUAUGAAUUUCAUACUUGAAAAAGAUGCUUCACACACGUAGGUAGAGCUAAACAUAGCUUUCAACCUCAAUGCAACUUGAAUAAUAUUUGAAUAUUUUUCUUUGGGGACUUGAGGCCAAAUAUUGAUUGCCAACCAAAGCAUUUCUGUGAGCUACCAAAAACUACCCCACGAGCUACCGGUAGCUCGCGAUCGACUGUUUGGCGACCACUGCGGUUUAGCACAAGCUUUUCAGUUUUCAACCAUUUUUUCACCAAGUAUGAUUUUUUCUGAAUGGCUGCUCGAAAACACAGUAUUGAAUUACAGAAAGGCAUAUAAAAUGGAAUUUAAAAAUUAUUUCUAAAUUACCUCUCGCUAAAGUGUUCAUAAUGGUGCUAAGUAGUACUGUACAAAAUUUUAGACGUCUACCUCAAAGGGUUCCUGAGAAAAAGGUACAUAUGUUAUCAUUAAGGCUUAUGGAGUUAUUUUUUGGUAUUCUCCCCAUUUAUCUAUGUUGUUAUUGAUUAAAAUUUAAUGAUUAUUUUUCCAUAUAGAGAAUAAAUCUGUUCUGGAUAUACGAUAAGAUAAAAGAGAAAUGAUUCGAUAGAGAAGAAGGUCAAUAGCAUUUAAGUUAUCAAAAUUAUCAAGUAUCCAAGAUUAUGUGAAUUAUUUUAUCAAGUGUUAUUGGAGCUCGUUGAGACUGAAGGAGCUCUCCUCCUUUGAAGAUUACCAAGAUUCUAUUUAUGAAAUCCUAGUUUUCUAAAAUUCAUGAGAGAACAACUUCCUCUUUGCCCCAAGUAUGCAUAAUCUUAAGUAGCCUAAUUCAUAUAUCAAUAAUUUAUUUUCAAUGUCAUUCAUCUAUCAAUAAUUUAUUCAAUUCAAUGUAUUUGCUUUAUCGAAUUCUACGCAAUUCAUGACUAUAUCAAUAAUAUGUAGAAGCUGAAUUAUAUUCUUCGGAAAUUAUUAUUUAAGGAUAAAAGUCAUUACAGUGAGGAAAAUCCUUUCAACUCAAAUUCUAGGUUUUUUUAGAGAACCUAUCAUCAAGAUAAUAAGAAGCUACAUAAUUGUAAUUUUUUAUGUUUUUGCAUUUUGUAAACUCGAAGAAAAACUAUUAUUUUAUCACAAAGAUUUAUUAUUAUUUAUUUGAACAUUCAUAAUUACAUAACUUACAGAAAAGUACCACAGGCUUAUAAGCCCAAAACGGUCCCAAUUCUAAUUUAUACAACAGUCCAAAUGGAGAUUGGAAGAAAAUAUUUUUGUUUUUCACAAGGAUAUGUAUUGUUAUGUUCCAGUUUUAUUUAUGGAGUGUUUUCAAAAAAAUACUUACGAAUCUGUGUGAUUAUAUUGCUUUAUUUGAGAUAAUAAUGAGAGAAAAAAUUUUAGGGUUGAAUCUCCAAAAUAUUGAGACUAUUCAAUUUAUUUAUAAAUUGUAUAAUUGAUGCUAAUUCCUCUCAAGUUAAUAUAUAAGUGAGGACUUGUAAAAAGAAUAAAUAGGAGGUUGAAUGUGGAGGAGAAAACUCUAGACAUACAAAAAUUCAUUCACUUUUUUAUCUUUUUUCAACUUCUAUAAACUGUUAUUGUUUGAAAGAUUGCAAUACUGUUCCUUCUGAACUCACUGUGACUUAAUUUGAAUUCAUUGUACUUUUUCAUCAGCAAAUAAAUCUUCUAUUUCAUACAACUUACGUACAAAAUCCAAAGAUGUUAAUAAUUUACUGUGCAGUAUCAACAAUAAAUUUAUGUGUUUAUAAUAAAAUGAUACCGUAUC